AUGGCCGGCACCAAGCAGACCGUCCGCAAGUUUAGCAGCAGCGGCAAGCCGCCGAGAAAGCAGCUUGCCAUCGAGGCCGCGCGCAAGUCGGCGCCCACCCCGAGCGACAUCAAGAAGCUGCGCCGCUACUGUCCCGGCACGGUGGCGCUCCGUGAGAUCCGCCGCUACCAGAGGUCGACGGAGCUGCUCAUCCACAAGCUGCCGUUCCAGCGCCUGGUGCGCGAGAUCGCGCAGGGCUACAAGGCCGACCUGCGCUUCCACGGCUCCGCCAUCUUGGCGCUGCAGGAGGCCUCGGAGGCCUACUUGGUGGGGCUGUUCAUCGACACCAACCUGUGCGCCAUCCACGCGAAGCGCGUCACGAUCAUGGCGAAGGACAUGCAGCUGACCCGCCGCAUCCGUGGCGAGCACCUCGGGUGA